AUGGCGAGCUUAUUUGUGAUACACGCCGCCGAGGCGUUCACCGAUUUGUCGCUACCAUUUGGACUUGAACCAUCAGUGGCGAAAUCUCGGUUCUCGUCGCUGGUUGGUGGUGUCCGGGCACGCGAUAUACACGUUUUUGUUAUGAAGAAUAUCAGUGAGGAUACACCGAUCGGAACGGUUUUGGAGACUUUUAAGGCUCACGAUCCGAGUAAUCCGAUGUAUAACUUCUCAUUCCGCAUCAAUCGUCAAUCCGACCCGAAACGUCAGUUCACUAUCGAUCAGGAUGGAACUCUGCGUGUUGCUCACUCACUGGAUCGCGAGGAUAUUGCCGUUUAUAACUUGAUAAUUGAGGCUUAUGAUAAUUCCAACAACAUCGGGAGACAAAUGGUCGCAGUCUAUCUUCAAGACGUCAACGACAACGGACCCGAGCCAUAUACUGUCCCGCGGCCAUGUAUUUUCCGCGAAAAUACUCCGGUCAAUCAGUUGGGAACUUGCGAGAUUCGAGCCACCGAUAGGGAUACUGCUGAAUUCGGGCCACCAUUCACCAUGGAACUCUCUCCGAAUUUCAAAUAUAGUCAAUAUUUGAAUGUUGUCUUCAAUCCGAACGGAGACGGUGGAAAUGGCUCAAUGACGAUCACACCACUUCAGGAAUUCGAUCGAGAGGCUCCGGUACCAGGAAAGAUUCUGGAGAUUCCGUUGGUAUUGGCUGAUCGUGCUGGUAGACGAAAUGAGGCAUCGGUUCACGUGAUUAUUGGAGAUUUGAAUGACAACACAAUGCACGAUGGUCACAUGACAAUCCACGUCAACUCGUACCUCGGCCGCCUGAAACAGACAGUAAUCGGACGUGUCUACGUGGACGACGCAGAUGAUUGGGAUCUCGGUGACAAGACAUUCUCAUGGAAAGACUCACGUCCAGGAUUCGAAUUAUCCGACAAGGGAGAUAUCACAAUGGCAGCCGAGAUGGCUGCAGGCACCUAUACAAUGUCAGCUAAUGUACAUGAUAACGCGAGAGAUGAGGACGCCGUCGGUCACGUGACAGUAAUCGUCAGUGCCGUUCCACAGAUUGCAUUCGACAAUCAGGGAAGUGUCCAGUUGUUGAUAGCUGAAGAGACACCACUCCAACUACCCGAUGACUUUAUUCGUGCGGAUUCUAAUGGACAAUCUCUCAUGGAUAUCUUCAAACAGGAAAUGGCUGCUUAUAUGGGUGGAGAUGUGACGGUUGACGUGUUUUCAGUACAGGUCGGAAUCGCCACUCUCCAAACACGUGACGUACCAGUUCUCAAUGUCCGUUUCAACGCCCGUGGCUCCGGAUAUCGUGAUACCGCCCAACUCAACGGACUCAUCGCCGCCCAUCGUGCCGAUUUGCAACGUAAACUCAACGUGGAAAUCGUCGGCGUCGGAAUCGACAUGUGCAAAUUCACUCAAUGCGAUGCCGGUUGUCAGACACUCAACUCUGCAGAUUACGAUGGAAUCGUCGUCUCCGCCAACUCUACAGUAAUCGUCGGAGUCAAUGCGACGUCACGUGACGAUUGCACGUGUCCCGUGUGGAGAGCACCGCCCGCGUGUCAACACUCGUUGUGUCAUAACGAUGGAGUGUGUCACAACACGAAUCCUGGAUUCUUCUGCGAGUGUCGAAAUGAUGGAUUGAAGGGAUCAAGGUGCCAGGGAACGACGAGAAGUUUCGGAGGAAACGGAUUCGCGUGGUAUAAGCCAAUGCCGGCGUGUACUAGCUUGAAUAUCUCGUUCAGCUUCAUGACUACUCAAUCCGACGCUCUUCUCUUCUACAACGGACCGCUCGAAACUCAACGAAAUGACACUCACAUCGAGUAUUCCGACUACAUUUUCAUCCAACUCCGCGGCGGUAGAAUCUCUUUGGAAGUGUCGAUGAACGGACAAUCGAGAAGUUCUCUGGAAGUUGCAUCGACUGCUCUAAACGACGGAACGUGGCAUGAUAUCUCUGUGAAUCAAGAGGGAAAACGAGUGGAACUGGUAGUUGACAACUGUCGAUUCUUGGGUGCUGGCGCCGACGAUUCUUCGUGUAGAGCCGAAUUGUACACACCGGAUGACGACGAACGUCUGAAUAUAGUGACUCCAGUGCAGAUUGGAGGUCUCGCACCACUAUCCGGUCAGGACUAUCCACAGACUAUUCCACGUGCUGGACUCAACGGAUGCGUUCGGAAUUUGUACGUGAACGGAGAUCAAUACGAUUUGGCGACGCCCGCUUUCGAACAAAACUCGGAGAAAGGAUGUCGAUUGUGGGGUGCCACGUGUGACAGUAAUUCAGUUGAUUCCCUCAAUCAUUGUGUCCACGGAGACUGUUUUGCGGAUGUUCAAGGAUCCGGAGCGAUGGUUGCCAAGUGUGUCUGUGAUCCUGGAUGGGGUGGAGCUAGAUGUGAGAGAAAGAUGGAGUGGAUUCAGUUCGCACAAGGUGCAUUCAUUGAGUACUCCCCGCGUAUCGCAUUCCCGGAACAAGUAUCUGAUAUUGAGCUGUUGUUCAUCUCUGGAAAAGUUAAUGGAGCACCGGCGGAGCUCUCUUUCGGCACUGAUUCCCAACAGAGCUAUGUGUCGACUAACUUGGAAUCUGGACAGAACGGAGUCACUGCCGCUGGAAAAUUCGAUAUCGGAAGUGGAGGAAAACGGGCGAGACAAGAGCUCCGAGUGUCUGAAGUGCUUCUGAAAGAGAAUGCGAGUUAUUGGUUGCAAUUCACACGGAAUCCUACUCGUGCCAGUCUAUCGAUCGAUAAUGCGUACACUGUCUCGACACAGUUGGAUAAGGGAGAGCCGUUCUCGCUUCAAGUCAAUCAGAUCACUUUGGGAACACAGGGACAAAAUAAGGGAUUCCAGGGAUGCAUCGGAACGUAUCGUUGGUCGAAACAGAAUCUUCCACUAAAACGUGGCGGAGCAAUGGACGAAAACGAGGAAUCGAUAGUGUCGAUCUCGAAUAUGGCGGGAGUUCAAGACGGUUGUGAUCUACGAAUCACGUGUGCCGACUUGCCAACCAACUACUGUGGUGGAUCAUUCGCGUGUGUGGACUUCUGGAAAGGACCAUUCUGUACGUGUAAUGACGGAGCCAAUGCGAUUCUCGGAGACGAUGGACAAGUUGUCGGAUGUGGAGAAACACUGGCCGUCUCGAAGCUGGGUAUCAGCUCUCCAGCCAUCGUCUUGAUCCUUGUUUCUCUAUUCCUUCUCGCACUGUUAGUUGUCAUGAUGGUUGUCUACACGAAACGAUCGCCCGGAGCAUUUGAGACUGUUCGACCGGAAGAGAUGAAUAGAGACAAUUUGAGACCGUAUGCAGUGGAAGGUGGUGGCGAAGCGGAUAAUGAUCAGUACUCGAUCGCCGGUCUCCGUAAGCCCGUGAUGCCACUCGACACCGGAAUGGGAGGUGGAAUGGGCGGAGUCCCACCACUCUACCCGCCACGUGGAAUGGGACAACAACCGAAAGACGAUCAUGAGCUGAAUUCGAAGAUUAAGGAUUUGGAAUCGGAUCAGAACGCGGCGCCGUACGACGAAUUGCGAAUCUAUGACGACGAGCGAGAUAAUAUUUCGGUGGUGACACUGGAAAGUAUCGAAAGUGCUCAGUAA